UUCCAAGCCUCUUCUGACUAGGAUAGAGCACACAAGUUUAGGUCCACGCACCCUGAGCUUCACAGCGCGUUUUCUGGUUGCUAAGGUAGCCGGGUAGGCGUCACCCGUCGCUAUGGCGCUGCUCUACCUUGCAGCGUUGUCAUUCCUGAUUGGCUGAGCGCCCGAGGCUGUGGAGGAAGAAGUGGAAGCGUUGGGGCCAGAAAAGGAAUUGACUGAAAAACCAACAGGUGUCAGUGAGGGAGCUGGUUUGAGUUCGCUCGGGUUCUGCAGCAAGCAGGAUGAGGAAGAUGACUUGAGUUGGCCUGAAGGAGGGCCGCCUUCCUGCGCGGAAUGCAAUGUUAAUUCUGAGGCAUUGAUGUUUUACAAUGCCUGAUCAAGACAAAAAGGUGAAGACCUCAGAGAAAUCAGCUGAUAAAAAGCAGCAGGGGACAACCACCAGGGACUAUUCAGACCUUAAAAGACUUCGAUGCCUUUUGAACGUUCAGUCAAGCAAACAGCAGCUUCCAGCCAUUAACUUUGAUAGUGCCCAAAACAACAUGACGAAGUCUGAGACUGCCAUCAAGGCAGGGGGACACAGAGCUCGUGGUCAGUGGCAGGAGUCCACAGAAGCAGUUGAACUUGAAAAUUUUAGUAUAAACUACAAGAAUGAGAGGAAUUUCAGUAAACAUCCACAGCAUCAGUUAUUUCAGGAGAUCUUUACAUCUCUGGUGAGAAAUAGACUCAUAUGCAGAGAGUGGGUUAAUCGAGCUCCAUCCAUUCAUUUUCUGAGAGUGUUAAUAUGUCUGAGGCUGCUAAUGAGGGAUCCAUGUUAUCAGGAAAUACUCCAUAAAUUGGGUGGGAUUGAAGACCUAGCCCAGUACAUGGAGAUCGUGGCCAACGAAUACCUGGGCUACGCAGAGGAGCAACACUGUGUGGACAAGCUGGUCAACAUGACGUAUAUUUUUCAAAAACUUGCUGCUGUGAAAGACCAAAGAGAAUGGGUCACUGCGAGUGGAGCCCACAAGACAUUAGUGAAUCUGCUUGGUGCCCGAGACACUAAUGUCCUGUUGGGUACUCUUCUGGCCCUAGCUAGCUUAGCAGAGAGUCCAGAGUGUAGGGAGAAGAUCAGUGAACUCAACAUAGUAGAAAACCUCUUGAUGAUUCUGCAUGAAUAUGACUUACUUUCCAAAAGACUUACAGCAGAGCUCCUGCGCCUGCUUUGUGCUGAGCCCCAGGUGAAGGAGCAGGUGAAACUCUACGAGGGAAUCCCCAUCCUGCUCAGUCUGCUCCACUCUGACCAUCUGAAGUUGCUGUGGAGCGUCGUCUGGAUUCUGGUCCAGGUGUGUGAAGACCCAGAGACCAGUGUGGAAAUCCGUAUCUGGGGUGGCAUCAAGCAGCUCCUUCAUAUUUUACGAGGAGAUAGGAAUUUUGUUUCUGAUCGCUCCUCCAUCGGCAGCCUAUCCAGCGCAAAUGCUGCAGGACGGAUCCAGCAGCUGCAUUUAUCAGAAGAGUUAAGCCCUGGGGAAAUACAGGAAAAUACUGCCUCUCUCCAAGCAGCUUGCUGUGCUGCCCUCACUGAACUGGCUCUCAAUGACACCAAUGCCCACCAAGUGGUCCAGGAAAAUGGUGUAUAUACGAUAGCAAAAUUAAUUUUACCAAGUAAACAAAAGAAUGCAGCAAAAACCAAUCUCCUACAGUGUUAUGCAUUCAGAGCCCUGAGGUUUCUCUUCAGUAUGGAAAGGAACAGGCCACUCUUUAAAAGGCUUUUCCCCACCGACCUGUUUGAGAUCUUCAUUGACAUAGGACAUUAUGUUCGUGAUAUCAGUGCCUAUGAGGACUUGGUAUCACAGUUGAAUUUGCUAUUGGAAGAUGAACUGAAGCAAAUUGCUGAGAACAUUGAGAGCAUCAAUCAGAAGAAAGCACCACUGAAGUACAUAGGCAACUAUGCUGUGCUGGACCAUCUCGGAAGUGGCGCGUUCGGCUGUGUUUAUAAGGUUAGAAAACGUAGUGGUCAAAAUCUUUUAGCAAUGAAGGAGGUCAAUUUACAUAACCCAGCAUUUGGAAAGGAUAAGAAAGACCGAGACAGCAGUGUGAGGAACAUCGUUUCUGAAUUAACAAUAAUUAAGGAGCAGCUUUAUCAUCCCAACAUUGUACGUUAUUAUAAAACAUUUUUGGAAAAUGACAGAUUGUACAUCGUUAUGGAGCUCAUAGAAGGAGCCCCACUUGGAGAGCACUUUAACUCUUUGAAGGAAAAACAGCAGCAUUUCACUGAGGAAAGACUGUGGAGAAUAUUUAUUCAGUUGUGCUUAGCUCUUCGGUACCUACACAAGGAGAAGAGGAUUGUCCACAGAGAUCUGACGCCAAACAACAUUAUGCUGGGAGAUAAGGACAAAGUGACAGUUACUGACUUCGGCCUGGCAAAGCAAAAACAGGAAAGCAGUAAGCUCACGUCAAUGGUGGGAACCAUCCUCUAUUCUUGCCCAGAGGUCCUGAAGAGUGAGCCGUAUGGAGAGAAGGCUGAUGUCUGGGCUGCAGGCUGCAUCCUUUAUCAGAUGGCGACUCUGAGUCCUCCCUUCUGUAGUACCAACAUGCUCUCCUUGGCUACUAAAAUAGUGGAGGCAGUGUACGAGCCAGUGCCAGAAGGCAUCUACUCUGAAAAAGUGACAGAUACCAUUAACAGGUGCCUCACUCCUGAUGCAGAAGCCCGUCCAGAUAUUGUAGAAGUUAGUUCCAUGAUCUCAGAUGUGAUGAUGAAGUAUUUAGACACCUUAUCCACAUCCCAGCUGGCCUUGGAGAAGAAACUGGAGAGGGAGCGGAGGCGCACCCAGAGGUAUUUUAUGGAAGCCAACAGGAAUGCUCUCACGUGUCACCAUGAGCUGGCUCUGCUGUCUCAGGAAACCUUUGAGAAGGCAAGCCUGAGCAGCAGCAGCAGUGGGGCAGCCAGCCUGAAAAGUGAGCUUUCCGAGAGCGCGGAGCUGCCUGGGGAGGGCUUCCAGGGCGCCGUGCAGUGUGGGAAGGAGGAGGACAGGACCUGUGAGGAGCUGCUGUCUGAGGACAACUUCCACCUGGAGAGUGUGGAGAAAGAUGUGUAUUCUGAGCUGGACGAUGAGCUGGACAUCUUGGACAACUGUAGCAGCUCCAGUUCAAGCCCUCUAAAGGAGUCUACAUUUAGCAUUUUAAAGAGAAGUUUCAGUGCUUCGGGAAGAGAAAGGCAUUCACAGGCCAGGGACUUCAUUGGUGGCCUGGGAUCAAGACCAAGACCAGCAUCUGCAGGCAUUGCGGUAUCCCAGCGGAAAGUACGGCAGAUCAGUGACCCCAUCCAGCAGAUUCUCAUCCAGCUGCACAAAGUCAUCUAUAUCACACAGCUCCCUCCAGCUCUGCAUCAUGAUCUGAAGAGAAGAGUUAUAGAAAGAUUCAAGAAAUCCCUGUUCAGCCAGCAGAGCAACCCUUGUAACCUGAAAUCUGAAAUUAAGAAGUUAUCUCAGGGGUCUCCAGAACCAAUCGAGCCAAACUUUUUUACAUCAGAUUACCACUUACUACAUCAUUCACUGGCUGCAAACAACUGGUCCCAAAGUGACCCCACAGGUCCACCCACCAACUUUGAGUUGGAAGAGGGACUCACAUAUGAGCAGAUGCAGACUGUGAUUGAAGAGGUCCUAGAAGAAAGCGGCUAUUACAACUUUACAACUAACAGAUCUUCCAGAUGUCACUCUUAUCCAUGGGGGACCAAGAAUUACCCAACCAAAAGAUAGGAGCGCUGCACUGGAGCAGAGGGCCUUUCCCAGUCAAGUUCAAGUUCUAGGCUUCAGCCGAGACUACAAGAUGCCCAGGACUAGCUGCUGCUAGAGUGGUACAGAAAAUACCAAGUCCCAGAGCUGCAGGAAUGUGUGGCAACCACAGUGCUGGGUCUCUGUCCCCUGUGUGCAUUACAUGCACAAUGGCGGGCUAGUGGGUGCUUCUGGGAGAAAACACUGCAAAAUGGCUCCCAGGGUAGGCGUGGGAGUAGCACAGAACUUUCCUCAAGGUUAAUCAUAAAAACAACUUCUAUUUUUCAAAGGAACAUUUUAUACUCAUGAUUGCUGAAACUAUGCUUAAAAGUAUGCUUAAAAGUAUCUAGCCUUCCUUCUACACAAAAGUUUUAGAUAAAACAAUUACAUGACCCAGUGAAAAAUAUUAUGUAUUCCAUUGUGUUCCCCAUUUUUAAUCUUAAAAGAAAUUUAGAAUAUGAUAGUUUGUAAAUGAAAUGAUUGAUUCUCUGUGAUCCACUUGGGUGCUAGAGGUUCUGAGACGUGACACAGUGCAGACAGUAUUUAUAACCUUGCACACAUCUGGGAGCAGCUGUCAUUGUAACACCUGGGAGCAGCUGUCAGAUACUCUGAUUGCAGCUAGACUAGUAGAGUCUACUGGUGUAGAACGUGUGUGUGUGUGUGUGCGUGUGUGUUUGUGUGUGUGCGCGUGCGCAUAUGUCCAGGAAAAGAGGAGGGACUGAUUAGGUGACACUUUGCUGCUAAUCAAGCUUGCAAUGUUUCUAGAACACUUUGAAGAAGUCACAGACCAUGAAAGAGAUGAUGACAGACCUUAUUCUAGAUCUUACCAAACUGCUUAUGUGUAAGAUAAAUGUUUGUUGUUUUUGGAAUCCUCCCAGAGUUAUAAAAUAAAAUAUAAAUUCCUUCUUUACCCAUUGAUAUGGCCCAAAGAAAGAGAAAUCAGAAUGCCAAAUAGCAUCCCACCUCUAUUGAGACAGGAUUUGCUAGGUCACUGAGUUCAAAUUCCUCCUCUUCAACUGGCUUCUGAUCACUCUAGUAUGGCGUCAACCCAAACUCUAUGUGUCCCCACUUCAAAGGCAGUUCAUUGUAUGUAAUUAGCUAGCUGGAAGAUGAGAUUACACUUUUAACUUCCCAUUGAUUUGUGUUAUCUUUAACUGCGUUGAUGUAUUUUAGCAUGAUUAAAUAGUGAAUAUAUUGGCAGUCAUUGAGACACAACUUUCCUGGAUAGUAUGCAAAUCACUUAAUGUGAAUUCAUCCUAUUUUUUAGAAUUAGUAUGUUUAACAUUUAAAUUAUAUCCCAAUUCCCUUUGAUCACAGACUAAUGCCUUUCCAGGUUACUAAUGGUUAUUUUCUUUCUUUAAGCCAAGAUAACAAUUAAAAUAUACUAAUUUUAAAUAUUAAAUACAGUGAUGAAAAAUUUCAGUUUCAGCUCUCAAAACAGUUCCAUCCAUAUAUGAAUUUUACAUACAGAAUCCAAACACUAUUAUUGAUUCACUGAAGCAAAGUUUUAUUUCUGUUUGCAGUCGUUUUUGUAGGUCACCUGACAUGUGGCAAGAGGCAUAGGCCUGGAGGGGCAUGGA